GUAAGACGCAAAUACGUGCAUCGUAGUGCACGUUUGGGUCAAGAAGCGCCUUUAGAAGUUUGCAGAUGGUUAACUUUGAAUAUUAUAACCAUUUAUAAAGUUAUAGUAGCAUUAUACGGGUCCGUUUCGUCUGGCGUUCAUUGUUGGGUAUGUACAGCCUGUCUGGUAAUUUGAUAUGUGUGUAACUACAGUUAUAUUUUGUUCUGUAUCAAGAAAGCAACAAAGCUAAUGUUAGCAGCCCUGCUAAGCUCAGAUCCCAUUCAUUUUCUGCAGCUGGUUGCAGGUAACAUCGUGUGUUUGAAACGUUAGUUAGCAAUGCUAGCAGAACAGCUUUGUGCUGUAGCUUUUGACAGUUCCCGUGAUUUUGUCAAACGAACUGUAAGGAUGCCUAGCCCAGGUUCACACUUGAAAGAAUGGAAGGUCCACACGAAUGGUCAGUUUGACAAGCUUUACUGGUUGCAGAUCUGGGUUACAGCUUCAUCAUGCCACAAGUGUAACAAAGAUUGGUCUGAGACCGUUCAAGUAUAUAUAGCGGUCCACAACUCUAAACAUACUGUUGAUAUUUAGUUGACCCUAAGAGAAAUCCAUGUACGGUAAAAACAAAGGACAACAUAUUUUUAAAAGCCUUAGGUGAACAUGUGGAGGGUCCCAAGAAGGAAAUACCACAGCAAAACAUAUUUUGGGGACCUACAUGAUGUAAAUGAUGUGUACAGGGUUCCUCGGUCAGGGAUGGUUGUCGGAGGCCCCCGGCUUCAGCAAUCUAACACUAAAGUGUCUGAGGUAUUUGAGUGACACAGCUCCAACACUCUAAAGGCUAAUAUGACUGGUUAAAGAAACUCAUCCUAACACAAACGUUACUUAAAGUUAGUGUAGCAUUUAAACUUACUCUCACUAUUGUGUCUUUUGUUACAGGUGUCACUAUCUACAGCCCGCUCUUCGUCAGUCUGACCCAUCAUGUUUCGUCCCAAACCAACACUGAAGGACCGACAGCACUUGUACAGGCUCAUCAUAAGCCAGCUCCUCUACGAUGGAUACACCAACAUCGCCAACAGUCUCAUCAACGAGGUCAAACCUCAGAGUGUGGUGUCGCCCUCAGAGCAGCUGAUGCAGCUGGCAAAGAUAGGUAAGAGUCAGGAUUGCUCCACUAAACGUAAAAUAACCAGUACUUUUUAUUGAUGGUAAGCUCACAAUCACUGAGCACAGGUAUUUAUGACCCAUAUCGAGACCCUGGGCUCAUAGUUCCAGUGAACAUCACAUAUCGAGACCCUCUGUUCCUUGGCUUUUCAAAGACACAAUCCUAUCCGCUGUCUCCUCCUGCUUAUGUCCCUGCUCUCGUCUCUUCACCUGCAGCUGCAGGCCCGGUACAUGGCAUAUAUUUCACAAGCUUUUGUUUCCAGAUCACAGAAACAUCUGGCACAUUUGUAUUAUGUUGCGAUAUGAAGGUAGACUUCAGUAUUCAAGUCCCAUGAAAUAAAAUAAAUAGGUGCUUACAUCCAGAAAAAAAAAAAAAACAGUCUAGUGGAGAGAGAGUUUUGUCACAUCACGUCAUAAAACUCAUAAACAUAUUACGGGAUCACACAGACAUGUGGGAGACUGCUGUCUGUUCAGACCUGUUGUCAACUGCCAUGAAGGUCCAGAAGCUGUCCCAGAGAGUUGUCACCACUUCUUCCCGGUUACCGUUUACUCUAAUGAGCAUACUUUCAUAAGAUGCUAUUUCUACCAUUUUAUCAACCCAUUCUUUCAGAUUUAGGGCCCUUGCUUCCUCUCAGUGUCUUAGGAUAACUCGACAGACUGUAAGCAGACUCACAAUAAUAAUAGAGAAUGCAAGUUCGGAUAUGUUAGGCAUUUGUGACCGGUCCCCUAGCAAACACAACAGUGGGCUCAAAGGGACCUCAGAACCGGACCAUCUGCUCAGGAUUUCCAACACCUUUUUCCAAAGUGGUUUAACCAUUCCACAUUCCCACAUACAGUGAAGGAAGGUUCCUAUUUCUGUCUUUACAUUUCCAACACAGGUUAUUGUUCAACAACUUCAUACUAUGAAGUCUGGAUGGUGUAAAGUAAUAACUGUGCAAUACUUUAUAUUGAGUGAACUUCCCCCUCACUUCCGCCACAUAUUUACCACAAUCUGCAACAAUUUUGGACCAUUUAUGCAGCACGACAUGUUAAAGUUCCCAGUUGACACAUUUACUUUGUGCUUCCAAGCUUUGUCAAGCUCCUUUAAGUCCUUGUGUUGAAUUCGAGAGGUGCUGUCCUGUGAAGGAAAAGAGGGAAGGUGCACUUUGUUUACUGUAGAGAACAAAACAAACAUGACACAGCAGCUAUAAUUGUUCAGCCUUGAUUAUCUUACUUUUAUGAAGCCAUGCUUGUAAAUAACGAUGGUCCAGCCCUGGAGAAUGUUGCUUCCUUUUUCCUGCUUUUUUGGGGGUAUGUGCAAGAUUUUAAAGGGACUAUUUCCUUCUUAUUUACAGGGAUGGAGAACGAUGACAGUGCAGUUCAGUAUGCUAUUGGGCGGUCGGAUACGGUGGCCCCUGGUGUGGGUAUUGAUCUGGAAUUUGAUGCAGAUGUCCAGACCAUGUCUCCAGAGGCUUCAGAGUAUGAAACCUGCUAUGUAACAUCACAUAAGGGUCCAUGCCGAGUCGCUUCAUACAGCCGUGAUGGCCAGCUGAUCGCCACUGGUUCCGCUGAUGCUUCCAUCAAGAUCCUGGAUACUGAACGCAUGCUGGCCAAGAGUGCUAUGCCUAUUGAGGUGAGUUAGAUUUGAGGUUGGAGUGCUUCAACUGUUUUUGAGUCAUGCAGACUUAUAGAGACAGUUUUUUUUAUGCUUUGUAAUAUCCAGGUGAUGAUGAACGAGACAGCACAGCAAAACAUGGAGAACCACCCUGUGAUCCGAACACUGUACGACCAUGUCGAUGAAGUCACCUGCCUCGCCUUCCAUCCGACCGAACAGAUUCUAGCUUCAGGCUCAAGAGAUUACACACUCAAACUUUUUGACUACUCAAAGCCCUCUGCAAAAAGAGCAUUUAAAUACAUACAGGUACAGUACACAGAUGAUCUCGAUUUUCCUUUUUAUCAUUUGUCAUAGGUUUUUACAAAGGCUGAAAUGGGAAGCAUAUGAAUCUGAUGUGUCUGCGUUGAUUACUAUGAUUCUGUAGUUUAGUCCUCUCUUCAUCUCUUCUCUUACAGGAAGCAGAAAUGCUACGAUCAAUCUCCUUUCAUCCAUCAGGUGACUUCUUGCUUGUAGGAACACAGCACCCCACUCUCCGCCUCUAUGACGUCAACACCUUCCAGUGCUUUGUGUCAUGUAACCCCCUCGACCAGCACACAGACACAAUCAGCGGUGUGGGCUACAACCCCUCUGCUAACAGCUAUGUCACCUGCAGCAAAGAUGGAAGCAUCAAGCUGUGGGAUGGCGUGUCCAACCGCUGCGUAACCACCUUCGAGAAGGCCCAUGACGGAGCCGAGGUCUGCUCUGCUAUCUUCUCCAAGAACUCCAAGUAUAUCCUCUCUAGCGGCAAGGAUUCUGUGGUCAAAUUGUGGGAGAUCUCAACGGGCCGGACACUGGUCAAGUACACAGGUAAGGAGAAUACGUGGAUUUGUGUCCUGCUAAAGCUGCGCAAUACAUGCGUCUUGAAGCAGUAUCAGUGAGGUGCAUUAAACUCUGGAUGUCUUAGAUUCAAAAAUAUCAAGUGUUUGUUCCCUUUAACAUCAAAUGUUUAAAGUGAAAUCACGGUUGAAAACGCUUUUCUGGUCCGACUUCGAUCAGUCGGUCUUCCUGUCUGUGUGAAGAGCAAUAGCCUGCUGUAUAUCUACAGUGAAUUUUUUUUUUUUUUGAAUCGGCCGAUUAAUCGGUAAUCUGAUUUUUUUUUUUUUUUUUUUUUUUUUUUCUUUUCCCAACUUUUUUGCUUUUUUUUUUUUUUUUUGAAAUAUUUUGUUGCUGGCAUCAAAUCUGAAAGGACAAGAAAGUAAUAACUCACUAAAUAAUCAAAUUUCAGUUUUAGCCUUUUAGUAUGUGUUGUUUACACUGAUUUCAUUAAAAAUAGGGUUUAAAUAAUUUGCAUAACAUCAAUUUCGUUUUUUAUCAACAUUUUCUCAUCUAUUUUCUUCCUCUGCUGGUUUCGUUAACCCCCUCUCUUGUGGUAUAGUUUUCACAUUAUGAUAAAAACAAUAUAUGUAAAAAUGGAGACCAGUUGUCGAAGCUAAAAUAGCCUGUUCUUCCUGGGUACCAUAUAUUUGAAUACAUGAAGUUUCUGGCGCUUGUACAGAUUUAACAGAUUCAUAGUGAACCCAACCCAGGUUCAGGCAGGUGAUUUAAAGAAUCCCUUGAAAUUUUGGUUAAAAGAAACUUAUUGUUUAUUUAAUAUGAGUAUCUUUAAGGAAUUCAUAAUUUUUUACAGCAGCGGCACUGCUGUGUCAGGGAUUUUUGCUGUUAGCCCCAAUCUCACACGCUGAAGGAGCUACGCUGUUACGUUCAGGUUACAUUACCUGCUCUACUGCUCUAAUGGAAGAGGGUCCAACAGGAUUUGAUGCACUCGCUGAUGACUCAAAACAAGUCGAAAAUGACGUCGGAGCACAACGCUUUUGUUGUGCUCACACAGUGCGAGUAGAAAUCAUUAGUGGCGCACUGAUAUUAAUGAUCAUGUAAAACUUUAAUAGCGCAAUAAAUGUAGAAGACACUGAAAUCACCCACUGUAAUAUCAAAUUUGCAGUUUUCUCACAGACACUGAUCAUUGAUCACACUGUGAAAUAACCUGUCACUCAACAUUAACAGAGGAAAGGUGUCAGAAUGAUCAAAUGAACAAGGAUUUUCAGCACAACCUUGUGCAGGUUUCCAAGAGCAUUAAAGAGGAAAUGUUUCAUCCCUUUGAUCUCAUAGUCAGAAAUGGGGAAGUAAUACCGUCCAGAGUAAUUUUGAAUACAAUGAAAUCAUGUCUGAGACGCUGCUCAUUCCAGUGAAUGAUUGUGUCAUGUUCUGCCGUAUUUGUAUACAUGCAGAAACGUUUGUUUCCUGUGGAUGGUUUUCUUUGCUAAUAUUUCAGUAAGAAGAAAUGAGGCAAUUAAGUGUUGAAAAACCCUUUGUUACAAAAAUAAACAACAACAAUCUUAACUUGAUGGACACGUGUUUAUAGAGCGAUGUUGUGUUGAGAUGAAAAGGAUGAAAAAGUCUCAAUAACUAAUUUCCUUGUUAUACUCGCUGAAUCAAGAACAAUUUUAUCUAAAUAAUGAAAAUGUAAAAAACAAAUCAAAGUCCGAGGAAAGUCUUAACCUCAUUCAGCAAUGACAAAAAUGUCCUGGAAAUGUGUAGCACACUUAAGACCCUGAUUCUCAUCAUUAUAGACUCAAUAUCUCAACAGCUUUUGGGAUUCUUACCCCAGACUGUAUGUGACACUCACAUGACAGAAAUAGUUCAACCACAGUACAUGUUUGGGUUGCAGGUUUGCAGAAUCUUGUUCACCUUUUAAGUCAGAGUAUUUUCCUGCUGAAUCACUUAAAAAGACCCAUGUCUAGUGUUUCCAAUGGCUGUAUUAUACUUAACAAUAUCCAGUGCAAUGUGACGCAGUAAUACCAAGAUCAUAUAAAGUGAUGGUACAAUGAUGCAUGAUGGUGUGUUGGUGAUUGUAUCUCACCGUUCAGGGGGACAGUAUUUGGCUGUAUCAUCAUUUGAUCCCACUCUGUAUUUGCUUGGUUGUCUUUCUCCAUCAGCUGUCUGUUUAAUAAGGCUGCCAAACAAACUUGUAGGGCUAUUACGGCGUAAACUUAAGUUCUGGUCAAACACACCUUAAUACUGAGUGAAACACCCCCUAACCAUCAAACAUCUUUUUAGCUUUGCCUGGUUUCUUUAGCAAAGAGACCAAACACAACUCACCCACUCUCCUCCUGCAGCCGCUUGUUUACGGGGGAGCCCUGACGAAUCGAUUAGCCAGUUCAGCGGAGUUUCGCAGCUCAAGGAAGAACAUUUAUGAUUAUUACUUUAUGGAAAUGCAAUCAGAGUUCUUGUGUAUCUUGUUUGUGCUCCGCAGACGUGGUAGUUCUUCUGCCUUAGAGUCUCGGUCUGAUUGCAUUUUCAUUAUGUAAUAAUCAUAAAUUUUCGACUGCAUUCGGUGAUCGACUCGCCAGGGCUCCUCUACAAACAAGCAGCUGCUGGAAGAGAGUGGGUGAGUUGUAUUUGGUCUCUUUGCUAAAGAAACCAGGCUAGUACUAUGGCUGGGACCUUAUAUGUAAUGUUGAUGAAGUUAAGUGCUGUUCUGAGUAUUAUUUGUGGCUAUAGAGUGGCUUUUUGGUUGAGAUUUGCACGUGGAGACAUAGACCGCUAUGUAUUGCUGUCGUGCGGUCGUUGCUAAAGUUGGUAUAACUAGAGAAGCAAGCAGUCGGCAACAUUUAUCUCUUGAGGGGGUGUCUAACUUGGUGUUACGGUGUGUUUGACAAUAACUUAAUUUUACGCCGGAAUAUCCCUUUAAUGUAGUACCCAGCUUCUAGAGAAUGCUUGUUUUACAGUACAGGGCCCAUUAUUCACUCAUAAGCUGGAUAUAGUCUUAUUCAGCAGUUGGAUGAGUGUUUGGGGUCGUGUAUGGACAGAGACUUCACUGUCUUAGGAUUAGUUUUCUGGAUCAACCAAGAAGUUGUCAGGCUGUCAGCUAGAGUUAAUGAGCUUUGAUGCAGAAUUUUUUACUUGAGAUAUAAAAAAUUUCAGCCUCUCAAACCUUAGAAAGCAUUACAGUCCUUAUCUCAGAGCAUUUCCUUUUUUUAAGGAGCUGGUUAAAGAACAUGACCCAUAAAAUCCAUCAUGGAUGUUAGUGUUUGACGUUUUUGUCCAAAGAGGGAGCAGACCAAAGGGAGCUAGUUUGCACUUUUUAUUCAAAUCCUCAGGUCAUAAACAGGGAAAGGCUCACAGUAAGACUUCGUAUGAUUAGGAUAUGAGUAUGAAACGUUUACUCAAGAGUUUAUGAAGGGAGGUUUUAGCGCAUCAGUUUCCCUGAAAUAGUGCUCCCAUUACAAAAUCACUUGAUGUUUUUGUUUGAUCCACUUUUACACAAUCUGCUGUGACUGAACAGCUGUCCCAGGGACUGAGAGGGAAACAAAGACCAGGAGGAAACGAUUUCAGUUACAACAGUCUGCAGCGUUACAUCAGAACUACCAGAGUGUCUCUUUGACGUCAUGAUCAGCCUCGCAUUGACAUGUCAUCUCUGUGUGUUAAAGGUGCAGGGCUUAGCGGGCGACAGAUGCAUCGUACGCAGGGCGUGUUUAACCACACUGAAGACUACGUGCUGUUACCAGACGAGCGCACCAUCAGCCUGUGCUGCUGGGACUCACGCACGGCCGAGAGGAAAAACCUGCUGUCUUUAGGACACAACAACAUCGUCCGCUGCAUCGUCCACUCUCCCACGAACCCCGGCUUCAUGACCUGCAGUGACGACUUCAGGGCCCGCUUCUGGUACCGCCGCACCACCACAGACUGAGUCACGUCCAGCAGCUAUGGUUUUCCUCCCUAGUCUUCUGCCCCCCCCCCUCACGUUGGCUCAUCCUGAGAAUCAUAACAGGAUGCUGAACUUUGCUGUCUCUCUCUAUGACCUCGGUGAAAAUACUGUUUUUGGAAAUAAAACGUCAUGUUGUACUGUGUUUUUUUUAUUCAGAUCUGUUCUGUGUUAUUUGUAGGACAGAACUUCCGUCAAUCGCUUCUUCUUUUUCAAAGUGAAGAAGGUCGAGAUGUCUGAGUGUCUUCUCUUUUAAUGAAGAUACAACAAGGUUUCCUCUGAUUCACUUAACUUUCUAACCUUCAAAGUUUCUUUCACUUCUUGGACACUUCAUUUUAAACUUCUCUCACAUCUCAUAUUUCUUAGAAAUGCGUCGGUAGAGAGAGUAUUCAUUUCCACUUUUAUAUUUUGUCUUCGUUGUGAUGCAGAUUUUUAUUAAACAACUAAUAUCAACAAGC